CAGGGGGAGUGGGCAUGUCAGCUGCUGCCGCCGCCGCCGUGUCAGCAGCCGCAGCCGCUGCUGCAGGCGGUGGUGGUAGUGGCGGCGGCGGAGGUGUCCCGCUGUCGGUGUUGGAGCAGUGCGUGCGGCUGGGUCAGCCGGUGCUGCUGGAGGACGUGGGGGAGGGGCCGCUGGACCCGGCGCUGGAGCCGCUGCUCACCAAGGCAACCUACAUGCAGGGUUCCCGCCUGCUGAUCCGUCUGGGUGACGUGGAGGUGGACUACGACCCGCGCUUCCGCCUCUACCUCACCACCCGCCUGCCCAACCCGCACUACCUCCCCGAGGUGUGCAUCAAGGUCAACCUAAUCAACUUCACGGUCACACCAAAGGGUCUUGAGGACCAGCUGCUGGGUGACGUGGUGCGGCAGGAGCGACCCGACCUGGAGGAGGCCAAGGACAGGCUGGUGGUGAGCCUCAGUGCGGACAAGCGGCAGCUGAGCGAGCUGGAGGACCGCAUCCUGGCGCUGCUCAAGGAGGCGGCGCCCGCCUCGCUGCUGGACGACGAACAGCUCAUCGCCACACUCAACAACGCCAAGCAGACCAGCGGCAUCAUCCAGACCCGAGUGGCGGAGGCGGAGGCCACCGAGCGCGCCAUUAACGAGGCCCGCGAGGUGUACCGACCCGUGCCGACCCGCGGGUCGCUGCUCUACUUUGUGACCGCCGAGCUCUCCCUCAUCGACCCCAUGUACCAGACCAGCCUGGCCGCCUUUGUUCGCAUGUUCCGUCACUGCCUGGACACCGCGGCGCACCCCGCUGACGACCUGGGCGCGCGGCUGCAGUGCCUGAUGGACCACACCACCGACUAUGUAUACCGCAUGGUGUGCAGGGGCUUGUUCGACAGCCACAAGCUGCUCUACUCCUUCCUCAUCGCCACCUCCAUCGGCCGCCACUCGGGAGCCAUCUCGCACGCCGAGUGGAGCUUCCUGCUGCGGGGCGGACGCGGCGCAUCCUCCUCUGCCACCGCCAGCCACUCCGUGCACGGCACCCUGGCGGGCAUGCAUCCCUCCGGCUCGGUGGGAGGUGCAAGUGCGGGGGCGGGGGCGGGGCCGGGUGCUCCCUCAUCCGCCGCCAUGCACAUGGCCAGCCUGAGUGGCAGCGGCGACACGCCCAGCGGCACGCAGCGCCCCUCCUCCACGCAGCCGUACGGGGGGUUGCCGCCGCCGCCGCGACCCGCGGGUCUGGGGUCGUGGGCGGGUCCGGGGGUGUGGGAGGGCGUGCUGGCGCUGGAGGCGGCGGUGCCGGCGGUGUUUGCCGGGCUGGCGGCGGCUGUGGCGGCCAAGCCCGAGGGCUGGCAGGCCUUCGCCGAGUCUCCCACCCCAGACACCUACGACCUCUCCUCCCUCUUCACGCCUCCCCCGCCCCCGCCUCCGCCUCCCUUCUCCAGCGCCUCCCCCUCCAUCACCGCCGACGGCUCCUCCUCGCCAUCCCCCUCACCGCCGCUCGCCCGCAUCCACUCCUACUCCACCCCGCACUCCCCCAUCCUCACCCACUCGCCGGCCCACAUGUCCCCGCAUGCACCGCACUCCUCGCUCGCCUCACCCGUGCCCAUGCGCUCCCACCCGCCGCCCCUGGCGCCCUCCGCCACCAUUG